UAUGUGACUUUUUCAACAAAACACAAAAUUAUACAAUAACUUAUUGUGAAAAAUGAAAAGAUAAAAUCGCGUAACUAGCGAUUAUUUUAUCAGAAUUUUCGAAAUUAAAACUAUAAAAGCUAAACGUAAUUCUCAUCAAUCAUUCAAUACAAGGAUAUUAUCAAAAUGUCUCCAACAACAUAUAUCUGUGUUUUCUCUAUUUUAGUCCAGACAAUAUAUGGCCAGUGUAUUAAUGUGCAUAAUGGAAUAUACGACAACUUCUCUGCCAAUAACGCGGCCUUAACUGGCAUUCCUAGCAACGCUUAUGCCAGUGAAUUAAUCCUGCCGAGUGGCAUUGCCAAUGGAGGUGGUUUGUUCGUCAAAAGCUCAUCACCGAUAACUCCGAGCGGUGUAACUGUUCAGUCAGAUAAUUUGCUGUUCGAAGGUCCAUUGGCUGUGAGUGGCCAGUUACCAUUUUUAGGUGUGGUGGCAUUAGAGGGACCGCUUCAAGCUGCCGGAUCUGGAGCGGUGGCAUAUGGCUGUGGAAAUGGCAACGUUGGCAUCACAAACGAAGAUUUAACACCAACAAGUAAUGCCAUCGGAGUUGGCAUUGACCUAACUGGCCUUGGUUUACCGAUUCAUUAAUUAAUAACUGUUUUAAUAUUCAAUUUAUUUAAGGAUGUUAAAGUUUUUCUUUUAUUUAAUAUCAUUUGUAUACAA